AGAAAUAUCACUCAACAGCGCAACUAUUCCUUGAGUCUCGAUAUGAAAUGGAUUUGAAUGCUGAAAACACCAACUGACAUUGUGAUUAUCGCCGGAAUAUCCCACCGCCUUACCACACCACCAUCGCCCGCCUUCCGCCGUCGCCCAUAAUGCCUUCAGUCGCUUCUCCAUUGUGAUUAUCGACGGAGUAAUUUGAUAUCCCACUUUCCUUCACCAUUUCUCUGACGAGGUAAAAGUUUCAGAUUGCAUCUUCCAAAUUCUAUUAUCCGAUUGAUUGAUUAAAUUUAAGUAUGGAGAUCUCAUUGCCAUUGGAUCAAAUCCAAAGCAGCUAUAGAUUCGCUUGUUCGCUGGUAAACCCCAGCCUUCUCAAACAGAAACUCCCAAUUUCUGAAGUUUUUUCACUGAGUAAGAAAAGAUGUAGAUCCCCCUUUUCUCGGUUCAGGUGUUCUUUAUUAGACCAAGGAUUGAAACCCCGGCCAAUGCCCAAACCUUUGAGAGAGCCCGAAAAGAAUUUCAAGAAAGAUAGCCGUUUAGAAGAAACCCGUUUGGAUAAUCCGAAUUCACGUUCUGGAAUUUGUGGGCAGAUUGAGAAAUUGGUUGUGUGCAAGAGGUAUAACGAAGCUCUUGAAUUGUUCGAGAUUUUGGAAUGCGAGAGCGAUUUAGAAUUAGAUAUUAACAUCGACACUUACGAUGCCUUGGUGAGUGCUUGCAUUGGUCUGAGAUCGAUUAGGGGUGUGAAGAGGGUGGUCGGUCAUAUGCACGAUUCGGGGGUUGAUCUGGAUGUGUACAUGAUGAACAGGGUGUUGUUGAUGCAUGUGAAAUGCGGGAUGAUGAUCGACGCACGCCGCCUGUUCGAGGAAAUGCCCGAGAGAAAUUUGAUUUCAUGGAAUACGAUAAUUGGUGGACUUGUUGAUUCGGGUGAUUACGUCGAUGCGUUCAGAUUGUUCUUGAUGAUGUGGGAGGACACCUCGGAUAUUGGGUCUCGAACAUUCGCGACUAUGAUCCGAGCAUCGGCUGGCUUGGAGCUUAUUUCUCCUGGGCAGCAGUUGCAUUCUUGUGCAUUGAAGAUGGGAUUGAGUGACGAUGUAUUCGUCUCGUGUACCAUGAUUGACAUGUACAGCAAGUGCGGUAACAUAGAUGACGCGAGGUGUGUUUUCGAUAUGAUGAGAGAGAAAACCACAGUAGGAUGGAACAGUAUCAUCGCCGGUUAUGCCCUUCACGGUUACAGCGAAGAAGCUCUGAGCAUGUACCACGAGAUGCAAGAUUCCGGCGCUAAAAUGGACCAUUUCACGUACUCGAUAAUCGUGCGUGUUUGCACCAGGCUAGCCUCAUUGGAGCACGCGAAGCAAGCCCACGCGGGUCUAGUUCGAAACGGGUUUGGCUCCGAUACAGUGGCCAACACAGCACUCAUCGACUUCUACAGCAAAUGGGGAAGGAUAGAAGAUGCACGCAACGUGUUCGAUAGAAUGCCUCACAAAAAUGUCGUCUCUUGGAAUGCCCUGAUAUCGGGGUACGGCAAUCACGGCCGUGGAGCCGAGGCAGUCGAGUUGUUCGAGCGAAUGGUUCGUGAAGGAAUGGUGCCCAAUCACAUCACUUUCUUGGCAGUUCUGUCCUCUUGUUGUUAUUCGGGAUUGUCCGAUUAUGGUUGGGGAAUAUUCCAAUCGAUGAGUAGAGAUUACAAAGUGAAGCCUCGUGCAAUGCACUACACAUGCAUGGUCGAGCUAUUAGGUAGAGAAGGGCUGCUCGACGAAGCUUUUGCUUUGGUGAGAGACGCUCCGUUUAAGCCGACAGUAAAUAUGUGGGCAGCUUUGCUUACAGCUUGUAGGGUCCACAAGAAUUUCGUACUCGGCAAACACGCAGCUGAGAAACUUUACGGAAUGGGGCCUGAGAAACUAUCUAAUUACAUUGUGCUACUGAAUAUUUACAACAGUGCUGGAAAAUUGGAAGAAGCGGCCGAAGUUCUUAGAACAUUGAGGAGGAAAGGUCUGAGAAUGGUGCCUGCUUGUACUUGGAUAGAUAUAAAGAAGCAGCAAUUUGUUUUCUUUACUGGAGAUAAAUCGCAUCCUGAAACGAAAAAUAUUUACGAUAAUUUGGAUGAUAUUAUGGCGAAAAUAUCUAAACGUGGGUAUGUUGCUCAGGGGGGGAAUUUGCUGCCCGAUGUGGACGAACGAGAAGAAUCGAUGACACUUCAUCAUAGCGAGAAGUUGGCCGUUUCGUUUGGGCUUAUUAGUACUCCGGAUUCGACUCCGUUGCAACUUGUGCAGAGUCAUAGGAUUUGCAACGAUUGCCAUGGUGCGAUUAAAUUGAUUUCGAUGGUUUAUGGAAAAGAAAUUGUUGUGAGGGAUGCUAGUAGAUUUCAUCGGUUUAAAGAUGGCAGUUGUUCUUGCGGUGAUUACUGGUGACACACCCGUUUAUUUAUUUAUUUAUUUAUUUUACUUUUUUUUUUGAAAUAUAGGAAUAUUUAUGUUUUAAGAAUGAUAUCGUAAGCUCGUUUAUUGAAUAAAAAUGUUUGCAUUUGGUUAUUUUGCGAAGAAACGUAACCGGUUUACCGGGAUUGAUAUUUUUUAUAUGGCCUCAAUCAACCUCUUGUUACUGUGACAAUAAUUCUGCAGAUAAUACUUUG